AUGGGAAUGAAUCUAUUGCCCAAACCUCGCAGCAACCUCUUAGCUGACUCUGCUAACCUUCGAAACACUAGGAAGAAUAGUCGCGGCAUCCGAUACAUAAUCUUAAGAUAUAUUGUACGGGGUAUGGAGCAUUGUAAUGCAAGUCCAGUUCUUACGCUUCGUUUUCAGAAGAGGAGUUUCCGUGCUGUUGUGGCAGUCAACAGAUUGACACUCAAACACGAUAAUGCACCUUAUAUCACUAACCGAAGGUCUUGGGUAUAUGGUACGGUAUAA